AUGAGCGACGACUACUACCGGGUUCUCGAAGUGCCCAGGGAUGCGACGACCGAAGACAUCCGUAAGGCCUACCGGCGACUGGCACUCAAAUGGCACCCAGACAAGAACCCAGACAACAAGGAAGUCGCCGAAGCCCGCUUCAAAGAAAUUUCGGAGGCAUACGAGGUACUCUCCGACGAAACAAAGCGCCGCCAGUACGACGUGUACGGCAGUGGCAGCUUCGAGAAAGAGUUCCAGUCUGAUGGGGGCACUGGAGUUCCACGUUUUCAUGAGGGCUCGUAUUGCUUUACAUUCCGCGAUCCCGAGGAGCUCUUCCGCGAAUUCUUCGGAUCGUCAGACCCUUUCCAAGAACUCCUUCGAAACGUACAUCAAGGCGGACCAGGCACGCAACCGCGUGGCUCCGCGGUUAUGGCUGGAGGCUUUCCCGUCUACCAGCCUAACGUCGGUAACAUUCUUCGGUCGGGCUUCCUCUUUGAUUUGGACGACAUGCUCUUUGGACCAAGCGUUCCUGGAGGAAUGGGUAGAUCUCCGGGCUUUCAGGGCGUCCCCACGCAGCAGAUGACGACCAUUCGGUACGUGAACGGCAAGCGCAUAGAAACCCGCACCAUCAUACAGGACGGCGUGAGGACUGUUCUCUCCUACGAGGACGGCACCCUAGUGUCCCGUGUAGUUAACGGUGUUCCUCAAGAUGUAUCCCCUGAAGGUGGCGAAAGCGGCCGGGAUUCAGCGCGCAGUGGACAGGACUCUCGGUCGAGGCGGCUCAGUGAACAGGCCUUCAGUCCCACGGGUCAAGAGAUGUCGUCGUCGUCGCAGCAGCCUGACAACGCAAUGCCUUCUAAGUCUCCAGGAAGUGGUUCCCCGAAGCCAAGCGGUGAAAAGCACUACAAUGUGAACACAAGCGACGGAAUGCCAAAUUUGAUGACUAGAACGGGGUCCCGUACACCUAAGUCGAGAAAAACCAUGAGACCGAGUAAAAGUAGCAGAGGAACUAAAGGCAGCAAAACCAGCAAGAACGAUCCGGCAAGCGGCCAAAGUAGCCCCACUACGUCCCCCAAAACAUCUCCGAAGAACUCCAAACCCAGCAAAGGCCCGUGUGAUGGGAACUGA